CUCAGACAGAACAAAUGAGCAGCCGUGGCUCGACUCCUGCCAGAGACACUGAUAUCGGCACGCCGGAGAGAGCUGCUUCACCAGGAGUCAGAUUACAGCGCUCUGACACACGGCUGAGUACGGAGGUGUGAGAGCGAGACUGAGAGUUUCUCUGAAGUGGGAUCUCUGUUCACACACAGAGAGAGGGACAGAAAACUAGCGAGGUGUUGUUGCAGUCCUCGUGGUCCCUGUUCCCACAUGCACAGUUGAGAUCAUGGAUUCACUCUUGACGGCAGCGGUGCACAGGGACGCCACAGAUCUGGACGCAUGAUGACCAUGGAGAGCAUGUUUAUGGGUAACGCUUGUCAGAGCGGACUGGUGCCAGCGCUGCUUCGAGCUCCUCUGCCCAGUGUGCCACCCUCUCUGGGCAUGAAGCACUUCCUUCCCUUCCCUCUGGAUGGCGGCUCCACGCUCAGCCUCAUUCCCAGCUUCAGCAGCGAACGUUGCGGCCGCCAUGAUAGGCUCUCCCGGAGGGGGGGAGAGGGGGGAGUAGAGCGCAGUCUC